GUUUGCCUUCAUUUCAAGGAGCAAUGAAGAGGAAGGGCGAGGCUGUCCUCUAUAACCUGACAUGUUUACAGUUAUAUGGCCUUGUGACUGUGAAGAGGGUCAUUCUGCUCUGUGUUCCUCUCCAGGAUGGACAAGGUCAAAUUCACUCCUUCAGCACUGACGGGUCGUCGCGGCUGUCUGCACAUGGCCGAGAUCCUGAUGUGUGCGCUGACGUUUGGAGUGAGCUACAUCUGGAGUCACCCAUUUCACACCUACUGGAUCUACUGUAUGGUGAUCUGGGCUUUGUGUCCUCUCCUCACGCUGGUCAUCACCAUCAUCGAGAUGUUGCUCAUCCACAAGCUCAUCUUGUCGUUUUGUAUGGAUUGGGACGACUUCACGACGGGCAUGGCCGUGAUGUCGUCCAUCUGCACUUUCUCCUGCACGGUGAUGUUUGCCAACUUCUACGUCUGCCGGAGGUGCGUCUGGGGCUGGUGCGUGACGAUCCUCUCCGCCGUAUGUUGCAUACUUUACUGCGUGGAGACGUUCAGGGACAAAUGCGAUUCGACGCGCUCUUCCACAUACGUGUCUGCGCUUCCCGGCCUGGUUAAGAUUCUUGAAGCGUUUGUUGGGUGCAUCAUCCUCAUUUCUUUGAUCGGUUACGUGGGCAAACCAGCUCUGCUGUGGUGUAUCGUGGCCUACGCGGUUCCGUUGCCUUUAACCCUCCUCCUCAUCAUCACCAACAUCAUGACUAAGUUAAGAAAAUGUCUGCCCUGUGGCAUUGACCGCUUCGCCGUGGUUUUCCUGGUCAUUUCGGUUGUGCUUUACAUCUCUGCUGCCCUACUUUGGCCCAUCUACAGUUUUCGAGGGAACCCGCGACCCAAAGACUGCCCGGGAGACAGUUGCAUAUGGAGCAUCCAGUUUGUGGUGACCAUCAUGACCUACAUUAACCUCGGCAUCUACGCCAUCGACCUCAUCUUCACCUGCUGCGGUAUAUGUGGAUUCAGACGCUCUUAAACCUGUACGAGUUUCUAUCUUCUGCAGAACACAAAAGAAGAUAUUUUGAAGAACGUUGAAAACCAAACAACACUGAUCCCCAUUGACUUCCAUUGCAUGAACACAAAACCACUGAGACAUUUCUGAAAAAUAUCUUCUUUUGUGUUUCACUGUAGAGAAAGUGUCGCAUACAGGUUUUAAAAGAUUUGAGAGUGAAUAAACGAUGACAGAAUUUGUAUUUUUGGCCAUCUUUAACAUCCCGAUAUACAUUUCCAGUGGGUCUAAUGAAAGAGUCACGUUGAUUCCAUUGUUUGCUGUUAACUGUUCAAAAUAAAUGACUUGCGUUACAUUUGUGUAUUUUUACCUGAUUUUGAAGUGUUCAAUAAAAUUAAAACUGCUUGUAUUGAACGUGUUUGCUUUUCCCUCCCCUUACUAUAAAAAAAGUGUACUAACCAUGUUUUUUCUGAAUUGAAACCCCAGUUUUUCUGCGUGGUUCAUUUGUAACUAUACACUCAAAAUACAUACAAAAUAUCUGUAAAAAUAGGG